GAGAGGUAUUCCUGUUGUUAUUAUUAUGACAUGUGGCGGUUGGGAAUGAUCGUUGACACCCUGAUUUGGUGUUGAAUGAUCAGAGGGACUGCAAGGCAGCAGAGGGAUUUCACACCGAGCUGAUUUGGCCGUCUUGAGAGAUGAGUGCGGGGCUCAGGAUGUGCCUGCCUGAUGCCGCUAUGUCUCUAGGUCCUCCCUAAUCCUGCUGCGGCGACACAGAGGAUCCCCCACAGUCCCAGGACACCUCAUUGACUCAUCCAGCUCAUCCUCUGCAGCUAUCAGUCACUGAUCAAUCCUAACCCACUCUCUCUAUUGGGGCUUUCCUUUUCCAGACUCUUGCUUCAGUCAAGGAUUACCCACUGAUCUGAUGCUGAAUCCUGAUACAUUGUCUAUUGUGGACCUCUGACGGAAAUGUCAAAACUCAGUCACAUUCAAAUGUGACAACAGGAUUCCUGAUACUCCUCGUUCCUCUCCUUUCUGGGUUUUCCUCUGUUGGUUGGAAGCCAAAGCCAUAGCUCAUCCAUCGUUAGGAAAGAACUCCUUGUUAUGAGGGGUUCUGAGGCCAAAAGGACUGAAAGCUACAGCCGUUUUUAUGCUCAGCUCGUCUACAAUAGACCUGGGCUGUGGCAGGAAAGCUUUUCUCAUGUUCAAGCUUUAACGUAGAUUGUUGGAGGCUGCGAUACAUAAAGGAUUGCUGUUUGGCUAAAAAGUUGAGCCUGGAGCACUCUGUAGAUUUUUUCUGCCUUCAUUAUCUGAUCUGAGCUGCCCAGUCUGGAGCAGCGUGAUUUCCAGAUGCUGCCAUGCCCAUCAUCAGCAACGCCAACCAUGACUUCAGCAAUCUGUCCCUCAGCGAUGACAGCAGUCUCGACCGCAUCUUCACAGAGAUCCCCGAGACUGAGACCAUCAAGGGUGUGUACUACCAGAGGGCUCAGUUCAUCCGUCGGCCAGAGGACCUGGUGUCCAUCGACCACGCCCUGCUGGCGGUGAUCAACGUUGGGGGAAACCGCUACACCUUCCCCUGGAGCACUUUGGAGCAGUUCCCCCUCACACGCCUUGGCCGCCUCUGUGGCUGCCAGUCACCUGAGGAAAUCGCCAGCAUCUGCGACGACUAUGACGAAGCCUGCAAGGAGUUCUUCUUUGACCGCUCGCCUUCAGCCUUCAGGGUCAUCCUCAACUUCCUGGCUGCUGGGAAACUGCGAAUGCUGCGGGAGAUGUGCGUCCUCUCCCUGCACGAUGAGCUGACCUACUGGGGCGUGGAAUUGACGUACAUGGAGCGCUGCUGUAAGAGGAAGAUGUACACACGCAUCGAGGAGAUGAACGAGCUGGAGCGGCGCGAGGAAGAGUGCAGGCAGAGAAACGCCAUGCAGCGUGUGCCGGUGGAGGAGACGAGGUACCAGAAGGUGAUGAACUGGCUGAGAGAUAUGGUGGAGAAUCCACAGUCUGGCAUACCGGGGAAGAUCUUUGCCUGCCUGUCGGUUAUCAUGGUUGCAGUGACGGUCAUCAGCUUGUGUAUCAGCACCAUGCCAGACCUCAGAGAGGAGGAGGACAGGGGCGAGUGUUCCUCUAAGUGCUACAACAUGUUCAUCAUAGAGACGGUGUGUGUGGCCUGGUUCUCCGUGGAAUUCAUCCUGCGGUUCAUUCAGGCCCCCAGCAAGCUGGACUUCCUCCGCGGGCCGCUCAACAUCAUCGACGCCAUGGCCAUCCUUCCCUACUACGUCUCCCUGGUGGUGGCGGAGGACGACCCAGCCCUGGACCAUGAGAAGCCAGGAGGAGGUAAGGGCUACUUGGACAAGCUGGGCCUUGUGUUGAGGAUUCUGCGUGCACUGAGGAUUCUCUAUGUGAUGCGGCUGGCUCGCCACUCUCUCGGCUUGCAGACGCUGGGACUGACGGUCAGGCGCAGCACCCGGGAGUUUGGCCUCCUCUUGCUUUUUCUCUGCGUGGGCGUCACCCUCUUCUCCCCGUUGGUCCACUUUGCUGAGAGCGAGCUCACGGGCACCCAUGACUUCAGCAGCAUCCCCGCCUCCUACUGGUGGGCCAUUAUCUCCAUGACGACCGUGGGCUACGGCGACAUGGUGCCGAGGUCCAUUCCAGGACAAGUUGUAGCGCUGAGCAGCAUCCUCAGCGGGAUCCUCAUCAUGGCCUUCCCUGCAACCUCCAUCUUCCACAUGUUCUCCCGCUCCUACCAAGAGCUCAAGAUGGAGCACGACCGGUUGUUUAAAGAGGAGUGCGCGGCCGCUGCAGCUGCUGCUGCGGCCUCUGAGGAGCUGCAGGAGGCAGGAGGUGAAGGAGGGAAGGAGAAUUCAGCUCCGUCUGGGCUGGGAUUAUGUCUAGACAAGGAGAGCGUGCACUCACUGGAAUCUAUCACUCUGUUAGGCAAAGGUGGUGAGGCUGCAGGAAAUAACAACCACAGCCUGCCAGCGGCAGCUUUCUGAACAGUACUCACACUGACUGACUCAAUCCUACACUUCCAGAUACAAGUCCACUAAUCUCUGUGUUGCACACAAUUAGUACUGCAAAUGACUAUUGCUCCAAAGGCCUCAUACGGUUGUGAAGAUAUCUGCGUUGCAUGGGAUAAAAGGAGAUUAAACAGACAGCAUUUUAUUUGCUCUUUGGUCUGCUGAUAAGGAGUGCAAGUGUGCACAAUGCGGAAACUGAAAGACUUUAAACCCUUUAACUUGGUCGGUCCAGUUUGUCUGACCAGAAAGCCUACGCAGCAAUAUUAUUAACCGGCUGCUUCCAUGAACAUGCAAUAUUCAAUCCAAAGUUGCUUUUCCUUCCACUGUGAAAAUACUUAUAAACCCAACUGCAACUCUUUAGUUUUAUUCUCAUUACUUUUCAAUAAGUUGCCUACAGUAUGACCUGACAAUGUCAUUCUGAAUAUUCUACUUUUCUGUCAUGAAUUUAAAUAAGUGCUCCUCUUCAUUUGUUUUUGAGAAGCUUGAAGCCAUGUUCUGAGAAGAAAUAUAAACAAAACAUAUAGUUUGGCCCAUAUAUAUAUAUAAUAUAUGAUACCCAUCUCGAUCUCUCUCAUGUAUGCUUGUAUGCUUGGACACAAAGAGGUGAUGGUUUAACCUUGCUCUCCCGUGAAUUCAGCAUAACUGUGUGAAAAUAUUGCAGACGUUUGGAUCCAACUUCUUUUUUAAUUAGAUGAUGAUGAUUUGAAAGGAUGGAGAGAAAGAAGGAGUGUUUGUGUUGGAGAGAGACGGUGUGUGAGUGAGAGAGAAUGAGCGCUAACAACCAUGACUUGUACUUUGCAACGCUCUAAAUAAAAGCUCUCCUAGUAAUCUGA